ACAAAUAAAAGAUCCAUGCAGUUCACUCCUCUCCUCUUACCAUACGUUGUCGUAUCCCCGUCAAACAGAUCCUCCAAUCUGUUUCUCCCACGGUCUCCGUUUUUCUUCUCCUUCAAUUUCUUUCUCUCUUCACCGAGAGACCAAUGGAGGACCUGUGGAAGCGCGCCAAGACCUUCGCCGAAGAAGCUGCGAAAAAGUCUCAAACUCUCACUCCUUCCUCUUCCAGGAUCGCCGAUCUCGUCUCCGAAACCGCCAAGAAAUCCAAAGAACUCGCCGCCGAAGCCUCCAAGAAGGCCGACAUCCUUAAAUCUGCCGCCCUCCGCCAGGCCGACCAGAUCAAGUCUUUCUCCGACACCAUCGCUAUCCCUCCGCAAUUCGCCGCCAUUGCCACCGCCGCUACCACCGCCUCCUCCUCACCGACCGCCCCGACGCCGGAGGACCUCGAGAAGUUCGGCGUUUCCGAAGACCUGAGAUCCUUUGUCAGGGGCCUAACUUCCACCACCUUCCAGAACUUUCCUCUCAGUUCCGAUGAACCUGAGGUCUCUGAUGUGGCCACUGUGGGAUCCAAUGUUCGGAAGGAUCUCAAUGAGUUUCAGGAGAAGCAUGCCACUCUCGUUUUAACUACUGUUAAGGAAAUUUCAAGAUUGAGAUAUGAACUAUGCCCACGCACCAUGAAAGAAAGAUACUUUUGGAGGAUAUAUUUCACACUUGUCAAUACUCAUGUGGCUCCGUAAGUAACAUUAAUAAUUCACACACUAUGUUAGAUUUCUC